GAGAUAAAGAGAAUGACUCUUUAACCGUGUGUGUCGUGAAAGUUAUAGCGGAGCAAGAGGGGAUCCUGAAUCGCUUCUGGUACCUCUGGUGGAUCGUGGCUAAGCCAGUCGCUCGCUCGCCGCUCACCUAAACGGCUUUCACCUGGGCCGAUUACGAGGAUCCUUGGUCGUCGACCGCCUUCCAACGAUUCUGACCAACGUUUCCUCUCCCUCUUUCUCUCUCUUGGCCGUGCGCGCGCUUAUGAACACGAAAAACUCGUGGCUCCGUGGCCGGUGAUCGGUGAUCGGACCCACGACACGUCCGUAUGGUGUCUCGUUCCGACGAAAACAGUGAUUUCCAUUUUUUCCAUGCGAUCAAAGGGGCACGUCGGAUCGUUCCGGUUGCAAGGAAGAUACGCAGACUGUCGAUAGGUUUCCGCUAUAGGCAGAGAGGUUUCACUUUUGUUUGGCAGAAUGUCAAAAAACUCAACAACAAAAUGGAAUGAUGCCAGGCAAUGGAACAAUGCCAGAUGGUGAUGAUUUUUCAGACGGUGAGAGUACUCCAUUGACUCAGGACUAUGGCGACAGUCAAAGAACAGUUGUGGAAACAAAAGCAUGGGACGUCUUCCGGAAUCCACCGCCGAAGAUCGAUUCCGGUUCAAUGGCUAAUCAAAGAUGCCUGGAAGUGACGGUACAGAUAACGAAGGUGAUCGUGUACCUAUUAGUUUUCGUGAUAGUACUAGGAAGCGGUGUAGUUGCCAAAGGAACUAUUCUAUUUAUGACAUCACAGUUGAGAGCCAAUCGAACGAUCGUUCACUGCAACAGGGAUAUUGGCCGGGACAAGUAUUUUGAAGUGACGUUACCAGAACAAGAGAGGAUAGCGUGGAUCUGGUGCAUCAUAAUCGCUUUCGCGGUGCCUGAAUUCGGCACGUUAAUUCGUAGCAUUAGAAUAUGCAUCUUCAAAUCAUGGAAGAAACCGCCUGCAUCCCAUUUCCUUGUCGUCUUCGUUAUGGAGACAUUCCACGUGAUCGGUCUGGCUUUGAUGUUCAUGGCGGUGCUUCCUGAUUUGGACGUGGUUAAAGGUGCGAUGCUGACGAACUGCGUGUGCUUCGUACCUGGUCUGCUAGGGCUACUUUCUCGGAAUAAAAAGAAAGACGAAUCACGAUUUGUUCUGGUGCUGAUCGAUAUUGCCGCACUUGUCGCUCAAGGGACAAGUUUCGUUCUUUGGCCAUUGUUGGACAGUUCACGAUUCUCUUUGUGGCUAAUACCACCAUCUUUAUUCCUAGUUUCAUGCGGUUGGUGGGAAAAUUAUGUUUCGAUGCAAAGUUCGAUUGGAUUCGUUCGAUCUCUAGGAAAAGUAAAACAAGAAAUGCAAUUGACAAGAUACUUUACCUACAUGUUUAUGUCGGUUUGGAAAAUUAUAGCAUUCUUUACCAGCACAAUAUUAAUACUAUACAUUAAAGGUGAAACUGUUGGUCAUUUAUUCACUAUGUUCGGCGACGCUUUUGGAAAUCACACGAUCGUUGUAAGAUCGAUGUAUGAUGUCACUGGCAGAACAACAGAUAUCGCUGACAUCGUUGAUAUCGAUGAUAAUAAGAUAGCCAUACCGGCAAAUGUGAAAAGUCCCAUAUACGUUCUACUGUUGCAAAUAUUCAGCGCCUAUUUCAUGUACAUAUUUGGUAAAUUCGCGUGCAAGAUUUUGAUACAAGGUUUCAGCUACGCGUUCCCUGUAAAUUUAACUAUACCGGUAUCGAUCUCGUUAUUGAUUGCCGCUUGCGGUUUAAGACACACCGAUCCUUGCAUAUUUCACAAUACAAUUCCGGAUUAUUUGUUCUACGAGUCGCCACCAUUGCACUUCCUCAACGAUUUCGUUUCGAAGCAAUAUGCCUGGGUAUGGCUGCUGUGGUUACUGUCGCAAACUUGGAUUACUUUGCAUGUUUGGACGCCGAAAUGCGAACGUCUCGCUUCCACGGAGAAAUUGUUCGUUGUUCCUAUGUACAACUCAUUGCUGAUCGAUCAAUCGAUGGGUUUGAACAGGAAAAGGGACGACCAACCGGAAGUGAAAGUGGAGGAUCUGGCAGAGAUAGAGAAAGAAAAAGGAGAUGGAGACUAUGAGACUAUAUACGAGCAAACGGAUGGCACGACCACACCACCAUCAACUGUAAAAAGCAGCGAUCACGUAACUAGAAUAUAUGCUUGCGCGACGAUGUGGCACGAGAAUAAGGAAGAAAUGAUGGAAUUUUUGAAAAGUAUUCUUCGAUUGGAUGAGGAUCAAUGUGCGCGACGUGUAGCCCAAAAAUAUCUGAAGGUUGUCGAUCCGGAUUAUUAUGAAUUCGAAACUCACAUCUUUUUCGAUGAUGCCUUCGAGUUAUCGGAUCACGAUGAGAACGAGUCGCAAGUGAACAGAUUCGUGAAAUUAUUGGUGGGCACUUUGGAUGAGGCUGCGUCUGAUGUCCAUCAAACACGGAUGCAUGUUAGGGCACCAAAAAAGUAUCCAACACCUUAUGGUGGUCGAUUGGUCUGGACACUUCCUGGUAAAACGAAAAUGAUCGCUCAUUUGAAAGACAAGAGCAAGAUUCGUCAUAGAAAACGAUGGAGUCAGGUCAUGUACAUGUAUUACUUGCUAGGUCACCGGUUGAUGGAACUACCAAUCAGCGUUGAUCGGAAGGAAGUGAUCGCAGAAAAUACUUAUCUGUUAACUCUCGAUGGUGAUAUCGAUUUUCAACCAGCUGCUGUAAAAUUACUCGUCGACUUGAUGAAGAAGAAUAAAAAUCUUGGCGCAGCUUGUGGUCGUAUUCAUCCAGUUGGUUCAGGUCCUAUGGUGUGGUAUCAAAUGUUUGAAUACGCUAUUGGUCAUUGGCUGCAAAAAGCAACGGAGCACAUGAUUGGUUGUGUGCUUUGUAGUCCUGGUUGUUUCUCACUUUUCAGAGGAAAAGCUUUGAUGGACGAUAAUGUGAUGAAGAAAUACACGACAAGAUCGGACGAGGCUAGACAUUAUGUGCAAUACGAUCAAGGGGAAGAUCGAUGGCUUUGUACACUUCUCUUGCAACGUGGUUACAGAGUAGAAUAUUCAGCAGCUAGUGAUGCUUAUACUCAUGCACCGGAAGGCUUCAAUGAAUUUUAUAAUCAACGUCGUCGAUGGGUACCCUCCACCAUAGCCAACAUCAUGGAUCUUCUGAUGGACGCGAAACGGACCAUUAAAAUCAACGAUAAUAUUUCUCUCCCCUAUAUUUCUUAUCAAAUCUUACUCAUGGGUGGUACUAUCUUAGGACCAGGUACGAUUUUCCUCAUGUUAGUAGGUGCCUUCGUGGCUGCUUUUAAGAUUGAUAACUGGACCAGUUUCUACUACAAUAUCAUUCCCAUUCUUCUCUUCAUGCUCGUAUGUUUUACUUGUAAAGCGAACAUUCAAGUUUUUAUAGCAGCGGUAACCAGUACUGUAUACGGAAUGGUAAUGAUCGCUGUGAUUGUUGGGACUGCGAUUAACGUCAUCCAAGAUGGCAUAUUGUCACCAACCGCGAUAUUUCUAAUGUUAAUAACAUCUCAGAUAGUCAUAACCGCAAUACUUCACUUCGAGGAGAUGUACUGUAUACUAUACAGCUUGAUAUAUUUCAUUACCAUCCCAUCAAUGUAUGUGCUGCUUAUUAUUUAUUCAAUCUGUAAUCUGAACGAUAUUACAUGGGGCACGAGGGAAGUAAAGACUAAGAAAACAGCUGCGGAACUUGAACAAGAGAAAAAGGAAGCUGAGGAAGCGAAGCGGAAAGCAAAACAGAAAUCUUUGUUAGGAUUUCUUCAAAAUGGUGUAGGAUCGAACGAUGAUGAGGAAGGAUCGAUAGAAAUUUCCUUGGCAGGGUUGUUCAAAUGCAUGUUUUGCACUCAUGGGCAAACGUCCAACGAAAAACAGCAACUGGUCGCUAUUGCUCAAUCAAUGGAAAAUGUUAACAAACGUUUGGAAAUUAUUGAAAGAGCUGUGGAUCCUCAUGGAGUGACGAGUCGACGCCGUGCAUCCUCUGUUGGUUCUCGAGGCGAUCAUUUGGGCGCCAUUGGCGAAGAUCCAGCGGAGGGUCAAGACGGUCAAAGCGAACCAGAAACUGUGACUAGUCAAAAUACGGAAGGCAAUCGCGAGGGCAGCAACUUCCUUAGCAGACCUUAUUGGCUGAGCGACGAAGGGCUUAAGAAAGGCGAAAUCGAUGUUCUGUCAAUGCAAGAGGAACAAUUUUGGAAGGAUCUUCUGGAAAAGUAUCUGUAUCCCAUAGACGAGGAUAAGGCAGAAAAGGCACGAAUCGCCAAAGAUCUAAAGGACCUACGUGACCAGAGCGUUUUCGCGUUUUUUAUGAUGAACGCCCUCUUCGUUCUGAUCGUCUUUCUGCUCCAACUAAACAAAGAUUUGUUACACGUGAAGUGGCCUUUUGGUAUCAAGACGAACAUCAGCUUUAAUGCCGAUAACUUGCACGAGGUGUACGUAACGAAAGAGUACCUUCAACUCGAGCCAAUUGGUUUGGUAUUCGUAUUCUUCUUCGCAUUGAUAUUGGUUAUUCAAUUCACUGCGAUGUUGUUCCAUCGAUUCGGCACAUUCGCCCACAUUUUAGCCAGCACCAGUUUGGAUUGGUAUUGUUGCAAGAAGACCAAGGAUUUGUCCGAAGAAGCGUUGUUAUCUAAACACGCGGUGGAAAUAGUCAGAGAUUUGCAAAGAUUAGACGGAAUGGAGGGUGAUUAUGAAGAAGAUAGUGGUACCGGCCCAGGCAGGAGAAAGACGAUAACAAAUAUUGAAAAGAGUCGAAGGAAAACACAGGCAAUCAAUACGCUUGACGUCGCUUUCAGGCAACGAUUCUUCAGCAUGUCUGAAGGCAAUGGUCUGCCGAGAAACAUGUCGACCAGACGCUCCGCAAAGGCUUUCAAGGCAUUCGAGGGCCGUAGGAAUAGUAUAAUGGCGAUGAAAAGGAAGUCGCAGAUGCAAACUUUAGGGGCAAAUAACAUUUACGGAGUGGCGGGCAAUCCUUUGGGAAUUCAAGGACGCCCAUCGAGAAGCAGCCAGAUUUCUGUUAAGGAUGUGUUCGAGGGACACAGUGGCCACACUAACCCGAGCUACGAACCGGACGAAAAUACUGGAAGCAGCCUCAGACUUCACAGUUUAAGUCAGAACGCGUGGAGAGAACAGAACAAUAUCUGAUUCGAAAUUUUUUCAAAACAUGAACAAUGACCAUGGCUAUCUCAAAUAUUCCACUGCCAUCAGAAACGAUAAUCAAUAAAGAUGGGAGGAAUAGCUACUUACUUUUUUACCAGAGCAAUAGGAUCCCAUUUAAAUAUCGCCGCUCAUUUAAAUAUUUUUUCUAGUAAUUAUCUAUUAAUUAUCUGAUUAUAUACGACGUAAAGUGGAAUAGAAGAAUAAAAGACUGCCUUCGAGUAGAUUAAUUUAUAAAGAAGUGAAACAGGGCCGUCUUUAAACUCUUUAUUUAUUAUUUAUUAAAAGAAAAAAGAAG